AUGUCAGCUACAUCUCCAUCACAACAAGCCCUCUUCUCUGCUCUUCCUAAUAUUAUUGACACGCCAACCAACAAAACUGAUUGUCCGAGAUGCAGGCUGCUCCCAGUACCGGAGGGACAACGCUAUUUGCCAAAUCCUUACGAGCAAGAUUACAUCUCCCUCACAUUUUCCGCUCAAGAGGCAAACGAACUAGCCGAACCAAUCCUUGCCGAACUAGACGAUUGCUAUCAAAACCGAUUCCUAACCAGCAGUGACAAUCAGCAAAUGACAAACAAGUCGGUCUACACUGGCCUCGGUGGUAUUGCCUAUGCGUAUUUGCGGCUUGCUCGACAAUGUUCUGGACGCGACAGUACUCGUAGUGAUUACCUCCACUAUCUACGGCGUGCUCGAGACUUGGCAGUGACAAGCCUGGAAGACGAUAAAUUCCAAAGUCGCCAUUGGGGUAUUUCCGUGUCCUUUUACAUUGGCGCACCGGGGUGCUUUGCCAUUGCCUGUGUGGCAGCAUCUCUGUUGGGAGAGAAAACGUUGGCGUGCAUGCUUUGGAAGCAACUGCUGCAAUUUGAAGAUUGUGCCAUCCACAAUGGGGAAGUAGAUGAGCUUUUGUUUGGAAAGGCGGGAUACAUCUAUUCACUACUUUUCGUCCAAUCUUGGCUCGAGAAAGAAGAGUCCAAGUGCUUCAACCCAAUUCAUCCCCGUGGUCUGAAUGGAGUGCUUCAACGCGUCGCACGAGCCCUCAUUGAUUCAGGUCGGAAGCAGAGUCGCCGCCAUGGCCAUGAACGUGACGGGUGGCCCCUCAUGUAUAGUUUCCAAGAGAGUCUACACUUGGGCGCCGCGCAUGGACUGGUGGGUGUCCUCAAAAUGUUAUAUCUUUGUUGGGGUCUGCUGGACGUGGAAAGUCGACAACUGGUACGAAAAACGUUGGCGCGGCUCCUCCAGAGUCGCUUCCCCAGCGGCAAUCUACCGCAUAUAGUGGGGUCAACGACGGAUAAACUUGUUCACUGGUGCCACGGCAGUCCUGGCCUUCCGGCCCUUUUGAAGGUCGCAAUUGCAGCGGAUGUUGAGCACAAUGAUAUGUUGCGUUUGGCAGCGCUGCAGGCCGGGGAACACAUUUGGAGAUACGGGGUGCUGCUCAAAGGGAAUGGCUUGUGCCAUGGAAUUGCUGGGAAUGGGUACGCCUUCCUUUCGCUGUAUCAGCUCACUGGUGACAGGGUUCAUCUCCAAAAGGCAAAGGCAUUUGCAAAAUUGCUCGCUAACCAACAGGUGCAGAGUGCCGUGUCACAACAGCCGGACAAACAGCGAAAGGUGGUCGGAACACCCAACUCGCCUCAAAGCCUCAUGGAAGGCUCAGCCGGGGUUUUGUGCUUCCUUCUUGACUUGACAAAACCAGAGGCCGCGGCUUUUCCGGGGUGGGAGCUCUAG